GAAGUUGGCUUGACGCGCUGCCAAGUGGCAAUAGGGCACCGGGCCGAUGGCAGCGGCCUCGCGUCGUUUGGCUUUUUCGACACCAACUCUUCCGAUGAAAGCCAGACAGAAGGCGGCUAUGAUGAGAGACCCCCUCGAAACAUCGAAGUUUUCACUUCUCCCUGGGAUGUGGAUGAAGCUGUCGCAAAUGAG